AUGUCCGACAUCUCCGGUUUCAUCACUGUCCUCGAGGCCGCCCAGGCCAAGGCCAAGUUCACUCCCGAGGUCCAAGAGGCCGCUCAAGGAAUCGACAUCGAAGCUCUUAAGGCCGGUUUCGCAGCUGCCAUUGCCAUGGGCGAGACCGAUAAUAUCUCCGACGAAGCCCAGUCCGCCGCCCUGAAGGCUGGUUUCGAGUUCGCCGUCAAGGCUGUCCUGAUGCUGAAGACCGCACCUGGACCUUUCGAGAUGUUGGACCUCUACGCCAACUUCAAGGUUGCUCGUGGUGAAACUGUUGAGAAGCCUGGCAUGUUUGAUAUGAAGAAGAAGUCGAUGUUCAACGCGUGGGAGAAGAUCAAGCACAUCAGCACCCCGAAGGCUCAGGCUCAAUACAUCAAGCAUGUCAAUGAGUACAUUGGCAAGUACGAUACCCGUGACGAGUGA